CUCGCACUGUCAGUCCAGUUGUGCGCUCUCUCCCUCUCUCUCGCUGCUCAGGCUUUUUGUUGGGAAGUUUCUGUAAGUGAGUCAACACGGCACACAGGGAGGACGCCACCCAGCCCCGCCGCUGGAUCCAAUGCUGGGCUUCUCCUUUCUCCUCCGAGGACGCAGGACACGAAGACAACUUCACUUCGACUUCUUCAACAACAACUGGGGAUCUAGUUUUGUAACCGUCGCGCUCCGGGGAUGGUUAUUGUCGCUUUGACGCGUCUUUUUCCUCAUUGGAAUUAACGCGGCGGAGGUGAAAUGAAAGUGACGGUGUGUUUCGGGAGGACCCGGGUGGUCGUUCCGUGUGGAGAUGGGGAUAUAAAAGUGCUCAGUCUUAUCGAACAAGCGGCCAUGAGGUAUAAGAAGGCGAUCGCAAAGGACCCCAGCUACUGGGUCCAGGUCCACCGCUUGGAGCACGGAGAUGGAGGCAUUCUGGACCAGGAUGACAUGCUGUGUGAUGUGGUGGAUGACAAAGACAGGCUGGUAGCAGUAUAUGAAGAGCAGGAUCCUCACAAUGGAGGUGAUGGUACCAGUGCCAGCUCCACUGGUACACAGAGUCCCGAACCCUUCACCAGUGACAUGAGUUCGGUGUCGGCCUUUCAGCCCUACCAAGCCACCAGUGAGAUCGAGGUCACCCCGUCCGCUCUGCGAUCCAACAUGCCUCUCCAUGUCCGUCGCAGCAGUGAUCCCUCCCUGGCCGGCCUUCCUCCGGGCGAGGUCCCUGUUGGCCCAGACGAACCGUCCAGAAAGAACCCAGCUCGCUGGUCCACAACAGCCGGUUUCCAAAAGCACAAACACAAACCAAAUCCAAACACCGGCACCGGCAGCCUGGAACGAAAGGGUAGAGGAGGCCAUGCCUAUCGGAGUCUUCCUCGUGAUGCGAGUGGCUGGACCACUCAGUUCCAGAGAGAAAUGACUCGGUCCUCUCUGAGCGCCAACCAUCCAAUGGUGGACCGAUGGCUUGACAGACAGGAACAGGAAGAGGAGGAAGAGGAGCGAAGGAGACAAGAGAGGAGGAUUGAGCGGAUAGAGCCAGUAGGGAGGGCAGAUUCCUCGUUGGAGCAUUCACCUGUGUUGAGUCUAGAAGGCCUGCUCAAGCCAGUUGAGGUGUCCAAUGGAGGAGGGCCCCUGGGGAUCCACGUAGUGCCUCUCAGUUCGCAGGAUGUCAGGACUCAUGGCCUGCUGGUGAAGCGCCUGGAGCGUGGGGGAAAAGCCGAGCAGGAGCGUCUCUUCCAGGAGAACGACUGCAUUGUCAAAAUUAAUCAGGGAGACAUUCGCCACCUGCGCUUUGAACAAGCCCAGACCAUCUUUAAGCAGGCGAUGCGCGGCCCAGUCAUCCUCUUCCACGUGGUCCCCGCGGCCAUGAAGAGACAGUACGAGCUGCUGAUGGUCCAGAACGAGCUCAGCCCGCCCCAGUCUAACAGAGUCCGCUUCAGCCAGGAUUCUCAGCAGUCGGGGGACAGGUCCAGUCUUGUUGGGGGGCUCACGUCCAGAUCUGGACUACCACCAGGCCUCAACCACAACCACCAGGGACCCGUGGCAGGAAGCACCCCAGAGACAAGCCGACGGUACACCACGUUACCCCACACAUUGGUCUCCAGGACCUCGUCGGCCCCCUCCCCCUCCCUGCAGCGCAGGAUAAGCACAACCCCAUCAAACAGCUCCUACCUGAAGAAGAACGGGCGUCGAUUCAACAUCCAGCUGAAGAAAGGUCCAGAGGGUCUUGGGUUCAGCAUCACGUCCAGGGACGUCCCCAUCGGUGGCAGCGCUCCCAUUUACGUCAAAAACAUCCUUCCUCGAGGAGCUGCCAUCCAAGAUGGCCGAUUGAAAGCUGGAGACCGGCUGCUGGAGGUUAGUGGAGUAGACCUGAGUGGUAAGAGCCAGGAGGAGGUGGUGGCCCUGCUCCGAGCCACGCCCAUGGGAGGAACUGUGAACUUGUUGGUGAUUCGCCAAGAGGACUCCCUGCUGCCCCGAGAAGUGCAGCCAGAGGAAGAUGAGAUGGUGUUAACCCCUGAUGGUACGCAAGAGUUCAUGACCUUUGAGAUCCCUCUGAAUGACUCCGGCUCAGCAGGCCUGGGGGUCAGCGUCAAGGGGAACCGGUCCAAGGAGAACCACGCCGACUUGGGCAUCUUUGUGAAAUCCAUUAUUAAUGGAGGUGCUGCUAGCAAGGAUGGCCGUCUACGAGUCAAUGACCAGCUCAUUGCAGUCAAUGGGGAGUCAUUGCACGGGAUGACCAACCAGGACGCCAUGGAAACGCUGCGCAAAUCCAUGUCUGUAGAGGGAAACAAGCGAGGGAUGAUUCAGCUCAUUGUGGCCCGGCACGUGCCCAAAAACAGUGAGGUAGCCCCUGGCAGCCCUCCGGUCAUAGAGCAUCCUUCAAACUCUCUACUGGACAACCACGAGCGCCGGAUUUCCCACUCACUGUAUGAAAGCAUCGAAGGCUUGGACAACAACUCCACACCGCAGACUAAUAUGAUCGGACGCAUUGGUAACUACCAGCUCUCUCCGACUGUGAACAUGCCACAGGACGACAUAGUGAUGAUCGAAGACGAUAGGCCGCCCCUGCUUCCUGCACACCUCUCCGACCAAUCGUCCUCCAGUUCCCACGAUGACAUGGGCUUUGUGGGAGAGAACCCAGUGCCCUGGAUUCACGACCUGCCCGGUCAGAAUGAAUGCUCGCUGAGUCCAGACGCAGACGCUGAUGGUUCGUUCCAGAGGGAGGGCUUCGGGCGCCAGAGCAUGUCGGAAAAACGCACCAAACAAUAUGAAAAUGCUGCAGAGUUGGAGAUCAUCAAGGCGCGCAAGUCCAAGAGCAUGGAUCUAGUAUCAGAUGAGAUUAACUGCAGCACAAGAACCAAUGGAGGUUCGACAGAUCAAGAGGUCGGACCCUCGCUGGGCCUGAAAAAGUCCAGCUCCCUUGAAAGUCUCCAGAAGGCUGUUGCCGAGGGCAAUGGUGAAAUCAACGUCAACAGGCCACGCUCACGGAUUGUCAGGGGCCGCGGCUGCAACGAGAGCUUCCGAGCUGCAAUCGACAAAUCAUAUGAGAAACCUGGAUCCUCAACGGCAGAAGAAGAGAACAGCAUGGAGACAUUGGACGAGGACACUGAGGGAAGUUCCAGAUCAGGUCGCGAGUCGAUGUCCACCAGCGGCGACCUCAUUGUGGGGCCCGGGCUGAACGGCAACCUCUCCAAAGAUGACAGGCAGAAAGAUCGGGACAAGGUUGGGGGGAAGGAAAAGAAGAAGCCAGAGAGGGAGAAAGACAAGGAGAAAGACAAGGACAAGAACAAAGCCAAGAAAGGCGUGCUGAAGGGCCUGGGCGACAUGUUCAGGUUUGGAAAGCACCGCAGGGAUGAGCGGCCAGGAGACAGGAUGGAGAGGAAGGGCUCCAGUAAAUCUAAAGCUGAGGACACACAGGCGUCAGAGGAGGAGACCCUGCGGAUGAGGCUGGAACAAGAGAGAAUACAGGCCAAGAUGCGGGAGCUUCGGGAGAGGCAGGCAAAGGAGAGGGAAUAUGCUGAGAUCCAAGACGUUGUCGGGGGCACCUUCAGCUCAGAUGAGGAGCACACCUACGCUGGAAUCGGGUCAUUAGACUCAUCGGUGGAUAGCAGCAGCACGGACCCUUACAACCACCACUACCAUCUCCCCCAGAGUCCCCAGAGUCCUCAUCCUCCCUUGAGCCUACAGAACAACGGUCCACCCCUGGAGGCUCUGUAUGCCCAGGUCAACAAGCCGCGCAAUGGACGCCCGGCAGCUUCAGACAGCAGUCAGAUGGCUCCCAGUAACCACGACCGGAUACAAAGGCUGAGGCACGAGUUCCAGCAGGCCAGGCAGGAGGACGACCUCGACGACCACAGGCACACCUACAGCUUCAGCCAGUCCUGGGUGAGCAAUGGGACGGAGACGCCAAGCGGACGCCACUCAGUAACAGUCGACACUCAGGUCCAGAAACAGCAGCAGGAGGACAGAGAUGGUUUCCAACAGGCACAGAGACAGUACAGCUCGUUGCCACGGCAACCUCGUAAGAACCCCAGCACGACGUCCCAGGACUCGUGGGACAAGGUGUACAUGCCAGCAGAGGGAUUCCAGACAUCCAAGGAGAACCCUCGCUACUCGGGCAGCCAGGGAUCACGCAACGGCUACCUGGGAACGUCCAGCUUCAACGCCCGCGUCCUCUUAGAGACUCAGGAGCUGCUGAGGCAGGAGCAGAGACGCAGAGAGCAGGAGGCCAACAAGGCCAGGCCACCUCCCGCUCAGGAAACCCCCAGCGGCGGCACCUUCGACCACAACAGAGACCACACUCAGGCCUCAGGCUCUGCUCCGGCCCCGCCACAGGCCCUGCCUCAGUUAAAGGGGCCCUACAGACAAGACGUUCCCCCAUCGCCUUCUCAGCUCGCCAAGCUCAGCAGGCUCCAGGGGUCCGAGAAAGGGAGGCUGUUUUACUCCUGAGACAUGACGAGGGACUGGAGAACUUUUGAUUUUUGGAGCAUUAAGAGGGAAAAUACAAAGAGGGCAAAGAGUCUGUUUUUUGUUAAAAGCUGAGACACAAAGAUUUUUAUGGGACUGCGAACAGAAAAUGUUAAUAUUUUAAAAAAAAAAGAUUUUUUAUGAUACGAAACAUUAUCUUUUUAGUUGCUUAAAAAAAAUAGAGAUCUUUUACUGUCCAGAAUUGUGAUCAUCUAACUCUGAGUGCAAGUGCCUUCUAGUCCAUCAUCUGUUCACCUUUUGUCGGCUUCAGCCCCUUUUUUAUUGGCUCACGAUUUGCAGCUUUGACCCAUCCAUCUGAUACAUUCAGGCGAGCAGACAUCAUGGCAGAAGGCGACCGGUUUUGGCCGUCACUGCAUCGCCACAUCUGACAGCAGCAUGUCCUAAACACAAUAACCCCGAGCACAAGACACGGCCCAGGCAUGUUUGUGCACCAUUCGGGCGCCGGCGUUGACCUCAGUCGAUAUCACGCUUGUGUGAAGGUGGCUUAUUUGUUGCUGUUCACGGGGACUUUGUCGAGCACUUCGCGUUCAUGUGAGUGUGAAGCAUGUGUGUGUGAGUGUCGGCAGGAGCUGGCAUGUAGCGACAGAGUGUGGAGGUUAAGCAGCUUGUGUGAACUGUGGAGUCUUGGGUUUUGGUUUCAGAUACAACACUUACCCAGAGUGUGUAUCUUCCUUCCAGCCCCUUCCUGUAUUCAAUAUGAUAAUCCUGAAUCCCGUCUUCCUCUGCUGGCUGCUCUAUCUCCGUUUUUUCCCCUCACUUUGUCACCCUCACCAUACGGCGCUCUCAGUGGAGGGAAACAGCUUUAGACCUGCUUUAUUCCCACCCUGUCCCGCCCACCCCGGGAAUCCAACGGUGUAAAUGGGGUCAGGUCUGGGUUAUUAAUUAAUGUACCUCAUUAAAUAUGAAUGGGCCCCUUUGUGUGUGUAUGUUGUCACGUAUGGCGAGAGGGAAGAAACAGCGACCUUGCCGAUGUGGCUCUGGCCCCGUCCUCGCCUUGGACGAUGUGGCUGUAACCGAAGCCCGCUGGCCCCUAGGUGUCUGAGUUGUUCCUUGCUGAAUAUUUCAUCAGGGUGGUUACACUGGGAAACCACAUCGCCUGUGCAAUAGGUGGCCUCAGUGUGGGGCCGCCCGUCCAUCGGCCCGGUACAAUGGAGCUGAUUUUGUUUUCCUUUCAUGAUUAUUUCCAUUGGUAGAAAACCACUCUGGAGCCUUUCCGCCGUUCAAUCAAUAAUUAGCAGUGCAAUUUCAGUGUGUGGGAGAGAGUAUAUGUGUGACCCCGUGUUUGUGUGUCUGUCUUUGUAUUUCCAUCACGGUACGAACGAGCUUUAGGCAGACUGAGGAUGUUUUUUUUACAAUGUAAGGUUGUUUUUCUUGAAGGGUAAAUGUGAGGAUUCAUUUUGGGUUAAAAUUAGGGUCAGUUCAGGGAAAGUACGAAGAUUAAAAUUUGUUAAUUGAUUUACUUUGAAUUCUUGUUCAUUUAUUCAGAUAGGGUCAUUUUUCCCUUCAGUACAUAGUAUGCUGUUACUAUAGCGACCUAGUGACUGUGAAUCUGUGCAUUAAUGCAGCAGGUCAGUAAUCAAAUUUAUAAGUACACAAAUCAGCUUCACUAUAACUCGCAGCAUUCACAGACAAACACUUGUCUUUAUCUGGACACGUUUUCCCCACAAAUACAACAUGCUAACGUUAUUAGCACAAGCCUAUGGCAUUUUACAUUGUAUAAAUUAGCCUAGCGACAAGUGUAGAUCUCCUCUGCUCAUAUGAAGCCAGGAUAAAUCACACACAAGACUUAACAUGCUAUUUUGGUGGAGGCUUUAUUGUCUUCACAAUUUAAUGUUUCUUAUCUGUGAAAUACAACUAAAUAAAAGCUUUGUUUCCACUGAGGGAAAUGGUUUCACCUAACAAAAUUAGACAGGAGGUCUACGUCGCUAUGAUGUCUAGUGACAUAUCUGGGGAGGUGCACGUCAGGCUACGGUGUAGGGUACGUCCAGCAGUAUAAAGUAUAAAUCCUGCAGACUUCAUGAGGCUGCUUUGGGUCAGUUUCAGUUUGAGUCGGUCUUGGGAUGGAAUUAUUUUGAAUACAGGAAUGUAUCGCUACAUGUUAUGUUCUUUCCUGCUGCGCUUCUGUCCCAACGAUACUUUCCCUGUCAUAAACAUGCAUACAAAACCUGGUACGUGUAUACAUGGCCAAGAAAUCAGCAUUUUUCAGGAGAAGUCAGCCCUGCCCUGAUCACUGGAAAAUCCAAAUGUUUCCUAGUUUUUUACAGUAAGAGCAAAACACCAAGCAGUAACCUCUGCAGCUGGAAAAUGAAGCCAAAGCUGAAGUGCCAAAGACCGCAGUUAAUUUAAUGGCCACUGGAGGCUGGCUUAAAGCGAGUCAAUCCCCAUAGACCCCCAUGUUGAAAUGCUAACUUUACAGCAGAAAUAAACAUGUGUACAGCCUGGUAAAAAAACGACAAUUUUGAUCUCUAUAGCUACUUCCUCCGCACUCUAGGCUACGUCCAUUUUUGUAUAGACCCUUUAACUGUUGGUAAACAGUAUGACGUUUUUUGGUGGGCGGGGCUUAGCUGGAGGAGCUGGAGGCAAAACAACUCUCCACAGACAUUAGCUCUUUUUGAAAAGAGCACAGGACAUUACUAUGCAACACCUUUAGUGAGAGGUACAUUUUUUACCACUCAUCUAAAUUAAACAUUUAUAUUAUACACUAAUUGUCCACUGUUGUAAACGAGCAGUUGUUCAUACAGAAGAAAAGGACUGUCGGAUUAAGACCAGACAGUUUCAGUCAGGCACAUAAUGAUAAGAGUAGGUUAAGGAGUAAAAAUCUACUGUGGUUGAGAGUCUAUGGUCCUCACAAGUACAUAAAAAGAUAGUGUUCUCACACAUAAAAGGGGCGUGUGAAAUACAGUAUCGUGUAUUUGUUCGUCUACCAGCGUUCCAGUGUGCGUGUGUGUGUAUUUGUGUGUAGGUGGACAUGUGUUUAAGCGUCUGCGAACGCUGCCAGUGACUGGAUGCUCCAAUAUGUCUAUGAAUAUGUCUUGGCAGCCAUAUGAACCACUUGGCUGCUGAGUGGGAGAGGAGCAGAGGAGUAGGAGGGAGAGAAGAUGGGAGGCCUGACCUUGCAGAUGAUUCAGUCAAUGGAGUAAUCACAACUAUUCCUCUGAGUGUGCACUACAAACAGGAGGUUACCAACAAGGCUGCGCUCACUUUUGCUGUCUCUUCUUCUUCUCCUCUUCAUUUAUCUCCUUCAUGUGGUGCCGAAUUAGACUCGGUCUUGUUUGUGUGUGUGUGUGUGUGUGUGUGUGUGUGUGUGUGUGUGUGUUAGUGAGGGGGUCCAACUCUGACACAGACGCUGUUUUAACUGAUGUCUCAUUGUGAUCUGGGGAGAGGUUCAAGUGCCUGCAAUAUCUAAGGAGUUUUUUCCCUCCUCAUAUGCAAAUUUGAUAAUAUCCCAUAAUGCACGUUUAUUAUUUCUGUUGUGUAAUUAAUGUUUGUGCGCCGCCUCUGUGACACAUGGAUUCUUCCCAUAAAGCUAUUGUUUCGAGGGAUUUUUUUUUUAUCCUGGGAGAAAUGAGAAAUAUAUUGUUAUUGUUUCAUUGUGUUUUUACGACCAUCCCUCAUUGUAUUUUAUUAUCCACAGUUUGGUACUAUGGUGGUAAAAAAUGACUAAUAUGUAAGCACAGUGCAAUUUUCCUUUUUACAACAGUGGUAUCAUUAAGUUUUCUGCCAUUCUCUGUACAUACAAUAUAAACUUUUUUUUCUCAGUGAAUAAAUUGAGGGUGGAUUCAAA